AUGACACGACAAUAUGAGAAAAGAAAUAAUAUAGAAAUACAACAAUUAUAUAAAGAGCCAGACAUAGUAGCAGUAUUAAAAAAUAGGAGAAUGGCAUGGGCCGGUCAUGUAUGGAGGUCAAAUGGUCUUAUGAAAGAGGUUUUAAAAUGGAAACCCCAGGGAAAAAGACCACUUGGCAGGCCGAAACAAAGGUGGAUUGACAAGGUGGAGAAGAAUUUAGCAGAGAUUGGAAUACGAGAUGGAGAAACAAUAGCCCAGGACAGAGACAGAUGGAGCAAGUUUGUGUUGUGGUAAUGGGCCUCAAUGGCCUUUUAAAAACCGAUGAAGAAGAAGAAGAUAAUUUGAGUUAAAUAUAAUAUAAUCAUACACAUACUUUGACCCAGACAGCAUUCUGGAAUUCUGGAGGAAUUACUGCCAAAAGCUGUACACAGACCCAGAUGAGCACAUUGGCAAUGGAAUCACGUAUGGUGAACAGGAACCAGGAAUUCUCUCAGAAGAAAUUGAACAGGCAGUGUCAAGGUUGAAGAAUAAUAAGGCACCUGGAUCAGAUGAAAUCACUGCAGAAAUGCUGAAACUAUCUGGAGAUAAAGGAGUAAAGAUCUUAUGGAAACUGUGCAAUGAGGUUUGGACCACGGGAGCCUGGCCAGAAGACUGGGUGGAAUCGAUCUUCAUACCACUUCAUAAAAAAGGAUCUACUGAAGACUGCAGCAACUAA